ACCACCCAACCCCCAUGUCAUGUGUCCCCCCCCUUCCCUUCCCUUGACGCCCAUCAUCCGCUUUAGCUUAGCCUUCUCCUUCACUCUCUCUCUAUAUAGACGCCAUAGACUGCUCACUCCACUAAACAUCAUCCUCUACAAAUUAAGCCACCAAUAUAGCUUGCGUACAUACAUACAAGCGCACAUACGCUUUGGCGAGAGAGAAAGAUCGAGAAUUGUAGCUCGAGAGAUCGAGAAUUGGCCGGCGAGAAGGGAUCCAUCAUCAGGGAGAUCGAAUUGAAGGAUGGAGAUGGGGAUGAUGAAUAAUCGGCCAGGAUGGGUGGGGGGGCUGGUGGAGGAGAGCUUCUUCGUGGGUUGCGAGGCGCACGAGAGCCGGAAGAAGAACGAGAAGAACAUCUUCUGCCUCGCCUGCCGCACCAGCAUCUGCCCGCACUGCGCACCCGCGCACCGCCACCACCCUCCGCUCCUCCAGGUGCGGAGGUAUGUGUACAACGACGUGGUGCGCCUGGACGAUCUGGAGAAGCUCAUCGACUGCUCAUUCGUUCAGCCCUACACGAUCAACAGUGCGAAGGUGAUCUUUCUGAAGCCGAGGCCGCAGUCCAGGCCCUUCAAGGGCUCCGGCAACAUCUGCUUGACCUGUGACAGGAUCCUCCAGGAGCCCUUCCACUUCUGCUGCCUCUCUUGCAAAGUGGAUCAUGUGAUGAUGCAGGGAGGCGAUCUGUCAAACAUCCUGUACAUGUCCGGCGAGCCGGACGUGGCAUGCUUCCCGCGCUUCGAGGACCUCAGAGUCGGUGGCGGUGGCAGCGGCUCAUCAGCGUACCUUCAUGUUGACAAUGGCGGGCAAGUCACCCCGAACUCCAUCCUUGAGGACACCCUGGCGAUGCACCAUCACCAGUACCACCAUUACGGGAUCAAUGGUGGUGGCAGUGGCUCCAGCACCGGCAGCGGCGCCCCGAAGAAGAAGAAAGGCGGGGGAGGAGGAGGGGGGUUCUUCCCUAAGAUCGUCCUCUCGCUCAACAACAGGAGGAAGGGCGAGCCCCAUAGGUCUCCCUUCGCCUGAUCAAAUCCAUGCAUGAAAUCCUAGUACAGAUCGAACUCCCCCCCUAUAUACUAUGUGUUGCUAUGUUGUUCAUUACCGCUAAGCUAGUAGAGUGCUGUCUUAAUUGUAAUCCUUUGAUUAGCCGUGUAGAGAGAGAAGGAGAGAAGGUGUUGGUUGGUUGAUGGCCCAUUUCCUAGCUCCCAGGGCCAUCGUUAGGGCAGUGUUUUGACGAGACUUGAGAGGAGAUCUAGAGAGAGAGAGAGAUUAGCUUGCUAGCUCUUGCAACUCCCCCCCUGUUACAACACUAGGUAGCUUAGGCACAGACUGCUUUGUGGGUCCACUGAUCGUUGCAUGCAAGGGUCCCAACAGGUUGUUUGGCUGCUGGCCUGGCUUACCAAUUUUGUACUUGAUGUAACGGGGUUAUAGGUAGGUUGCUCGAUCGCAGGCAGGCACUUCCAUGACUAUAUAUAUCGCUCGUCCCCCUUAUAUAUAUAAACAGUGUUGUGAAUUUUUGUGAUGUGUAUAACGAUGAUUAUGUA